AUUUGCAAAAACCAGAGGAAAGAUUUUAGGAGACGCGAGUCCUUCGAUCUUUGUUCGUUCGUUUUUCUCUGCAGAAUCAGGGUUUAGGGCAUCGCUUCACCGGUCGAGAUCUUGCCGGAGAUUCUUCUGAUCUUGUUUUUUUUUGUUCUGGUGGAAACUUCUGCGAUGGCGGCGAAGCUGAGACACUCGCGCUUUCACGCGAGGAAAUUGUCGACGUUGAUGCUGGUUCUGUCGAUGCUCUUCAUGCUAAGUGUUGUUUUUGUGAUGCUUUUGACUCUUGGGAUUUUCUCUAUUCCGGUAAACGACGAUGAAUCUUCUACGAUCGAUCUCUCUACCUCGUACAGACGAAUGGCUGCGGAGAGAGGUGAGGGGCUUGGGAAGAGAGGAGAACAAUGGACAGAAGUGCUUUCCUGGGAACCUAGGGCUUUUGUCUACCAUAAUUUCCUGUCCAAGGAAGAAUGCGAAUAUUUGAUCAAUCUUGCCACACCUCAUAUGGUGAAGUCAACUGUUGUAGACAGCAAGACCGGGAAGAGCAAAGAUAGCAGGGUGCGUACAAGCUCUGGCACUUUCCUUAGGAGAGGAAGGGAUAAAGUCAUAAGGGACAUCGAGAAAAGAAUAGCCGAUUACACUUUUAUUCCAGCAGAGCAUGGAGAAGGGCUUCAAGUUCUUCACUAUGAAGAGGGGCAAAAAUAUGAACCACACUAUGAUUACUUCCUCGAUGAGUUCAACACUAAGAAUGGAGGUCAACGGAUGGCUACAAUGCUUAUGUAUCUAUCGGAUGUUGAAGAAGGAGGUGAAACAGUGUUUCCUUCUGCCAAUAUGAAUUAUACUUCUGUGCCAUGGUAUAAUGAGCUAUCUCUGUGUGGGAAGAAGGGGCUUUCUGUGAAACCGAAAAUGGGGGACGCAUUGCUUUUCUGGAGCAUGAGGCCUGAUGCUUCAUUGGAUCCUACAAGCUUGCAUGGUGGCUGCCCUGUGAUUAAAGGAAACAAGUGGUCUUCUACAAAAUGGAUGCAUGUCGGGGAGUACAAAAUCUAACAUGCAUGCGCCAUCUGAUGAGGGCACGAUACUGCUGUGGUGAGUUCAUGGUUCUUUAUUGGCACGGCUUGUCGCUCAGCAAUAUUCUUCUCUUGUUUCGAUGGAAUUCGGGUUCAUGUUUUGUUUUUCCCUUCUUCGAGAUGUCGCGGUGAAAGGAAAAAAGAAGAACAGGGAGAGACGUAUAGAGCAUUACAAUAUACUGAUACAGGUUCAAGUAAGGAAGGAUAGAGAGAGAUUAUUGUUGAUUGCCUUGCCUGCCAAAUUUGUAGACUUUUUGACAAAUUUUUGUGAAAUAUAUAAAUAUAAUACAUUUCUUCUCCUUUUUUCUUAAAUCA